AUGUUUGCCGUCGAGCGCACCAAGGCAGUUUGGGAAUUGCCAACGGUCUCCAAAUCCUGCUGCCGUGUCAGACCACUGUUGUCUGUUGGGUCUAGGCAUAUACAAUGGCUGAAGCCUCUUCCAAAUGGUAUCGCAUGUUUCUCUUACUAUGGAAUUACUGAAGCAAAAACAAAGUGGAAGAAUAUCCGGGAUGCCUUCGUGAAAUAUCGACAGAAAUCUAAGACCAAAAGUGGACAAAGGGCCAAAGAAGUGAAGCCGUAUAAAUAUGCCCAUCUACUCGAAUUUAUAAUUCCAACUCUAGGAGAACGCCAAACAAGCGGUAACCUGAGCGAUAGCGAGGCGGAGAGAGAAAGCACUGCUGAUGUUGAAGCACAAGAGGGAAAUACUCAGCAACCUUUGUCUGAAGAUGACAGUGAUGACGUCAGUAUAAUUCAACCUGUGAAACCAGCGCCUUCUUCCAAAGUUGCAGACAUACCAUCUACUAGUACUAGCUUGAUCCCGGCCUCAACUCCAAGACCUCCACCUAAAAAGAGGCGAUGCUUUAAGGCGCAAGCUGCAGAUGAAGUGGAGGUUGCCAUUGUUGACUACCUCAAAGCAAAGAAAGAACCAACCCCUAAAAGAGCAGAAGAAACCGACGACUAUGUAACCCUAUUUCUCAAUUCCAUGGCAAACAGCAUCAGAAAGCUCCCCGCAAAAGCACAGGCAGAAGUUCGAUUUUCCAUCCACAAAGUUGUCCAUGAUGCUGAAAUGGAGCAUCUUUAUUCUCGACCAGCAGAACAACUCAGACCAACACAGGAGUACUGCUACACACAACCAAGUACUAGCGUCUAUAGUCAACCUUAUGGGAUGGCAGCGGAAAGGCUUCCAUACAACCCUAUGCCUCGGAGUGAAACACCAGCCUCCCUCUCAAGUAACACAUUUGAGUCUGAUGCAUCAUACUCAGGCACUUUCACACAACUAAUGUAGAGGAACGACUGUUUGCGUGAAGUACUGUUGACUGUUCAUUUAAAAGCACCCAGAAAGCCUAUGUUCGCGAUUUAAUUUUUGUUGUUUCGAAUUUACUUUUAUCAAUAUUUCUUGUCUCGAUCAGUGUACGACCAGGAGGGUCGGUGACAAUAAUCCGUGCAACGAAGAUGCCCUUGUACCCUUGAUAUAGGUUGUUUAUAGGUUUUAUGGAAAGUGUUAUUUUGGCCGUAUGUUGCACUGUAAUUUCAUACAUCACAGAGAAGUGUGAUGUGAUGUGAUGCGUUCACUC